UAUUGUUGAGUCACUGCGCGUCCUCUGAACCUCUGACUAUUAGUACAACAAGCAUUGGUCCAUCACCGUCACAGAAAUCCAGAAAUCCGCAAUUCGAUUAUCGCAUAGAUAUCUAAUUCGAACAAUUGAAACAAGUGGUGGUGACAUGUCUUUCGUUCCUCCUGAACUUGUCUUAUGUAUCUUAGAACACGGGUACUACACCUCGCUACGUACCCCGAACUAUACCCUCCUCAAAGCUGCUGCCUUGGUGUGCAAGACCUGGUCAGGACCUGCACAAACCCUGCUCUUUCGUUGCGCCACAAAACUCGAGCAACACAAUAUCCCCAUAUUUCGUGCAGCACUACUCUCUUCGGCGGGCCGGGGUAAAGACUUGGGUCAAUGCAUACGAAUCCUCGAAAUAUCGAUCGGGGAAACCUCAAAUGGGGGUCCCGGAUGUAGUCCAGAUGACUUUGUAAUCCUUCUGCAAGCUUGCCCUCAGUUGUACGAGCUCGCGCUGAGCAUCAUCGGAGUACACGAAUUCGAGGAGGAGAUACUGAAGAAGCUGAGAGAUGUAGGAAGGAAACUGAAAGCGCUCACACUAUUGCAGUGUGGACUCCAAUCGCCCAUCCUUUUCCAACUGCUCAAGAUAUGGAACAACAUACAAUUCCUCAAAAUUGAAAAGGAGAUCGCUGCGUGGCCAUGGCGCACUGCUGCCACGCCGGUGCUACGGAGGAAUACUGACGCUGAAGAGUUGGCACAACGACCUGGUGCAGAGGUCUGCUUGUAUGAGCUUGCCCUGUCGAGGUUUCCAACAUCAGAAGUUUUAACCUGGUUGCUUAAAUCAUCCGCCAACUCCCUCCGUAUCCUAGAACUGCGAGAUAUACCAGGACCCAAUCAUCGAACUAUUCUUUCUGUCCAUGCCCCGCGACUUCGCUCCCUCCGUCUCGCGUACUACAAUAUCUUUUCUGCUGCUCUGCUCCGUAUGUGCACUGCGCUCGAAGAGCUGGUAAUUUACCAUGUGCCCACACAUUUUCCACUAGCCUCCGACCUCCCGCCCACUAUCGAACACCUUUCUUUCAGAAAUCCUAAUCAUAUACACCGUAACACGCUCCAGCCUAUCAUCAAUGCAGUGGACGUGCUUCCAUGCCUUAAAGUCCUGACGUGCGACAAAAACGCGGAGCAGUUGGUCGGAGAUUAUGAGAUAUUGAAGGCGAAGUGCAGAGCGAAGGGUACAGAGGUUAUCGUAUUGGAUAUGCCGUUCUGGGUGUACGAGGACCCUGUCAAGGUACACCGAUUUCCUCGGACUCGUUCUGUAUCGAACUUCGACGCGAUGGUUUAGAGAAAAGAACUGGGGAAACUGCUGGCGCUGAUUUUUUUGUGGUAUACAUCAUGAGCUUGAGUCAUUACACUAUGGGCAACAUACAGUCGGAACCCUGGACGAAUCUAAUCAGUUCUCCUGUUCAUAGGAAGCGCUGUAGUGAACGCACUAGGUCCCGCGUGGCCUCCGGCUCGGAUCCCUUAGUCUGAGUCUGAGUUAGAUAUUUACCACCACUCCCAUGAAUAGAUCGUACGCCUUCGC